GCUCCACGUAUUAUUACAACGUCACCGAAUGAAUCAGUGGUACCAGUUGGCAAUCCAUUUAGCUUGAAAUGUGGCGCACGAGGUUUUCCACCACCAGACAUAAUUUGGACGCUGAACGGGAUACUAAUAAGCAAUGCUAAGAAGGGUUACUUUGUCGCCGAAGAUGGUACUUUGUUUGUCGAGAAGGCCGAACAUCAGGCACGACUCAUCUUCAAAUGCACAGCCAAAAAUAGUGCUGGUUCCGACGAAAAAGAAUACACCGUCAAAACCAUAAGUCCGCCAGUAGUAACGAAGAAAGGUUUCAAAACAAUCAAUGCAACUGAAGGUGAUCCAUCGUUAUUGCUUUGCGAAAUCGAAGGAGACAUUCCCGAGAUCUACUGGUAUAAGUAUGCUGCCUACUUUUCGGAGUCAUCGGAAUAUACCGUCUUAUUUACGAGGGGUCGGAGUCCAUCGGAAUUGUUGAUACAUGAAGAGCGAUUCAAGUAUAGUGGACAUCAAACGAAUACAUUAUAUCAACUAGCGGAAGUAUAA